AUGGCCCAAGUGAAGCGGGAGCAGGACCCCGAGGAGAACAGUUCAGACGCUCGGAGCGAAGACCACGACCACGACGGAGCGUUUGUGAUCUGUGUAAAGGAGGAGCCGCAGGAGGUGUGCAUCAGAGAAGAGCGCAGAGAGGAGGUGCGCAGAGAGGAGGUGCGCAAAGAGGAGGAACGCAGAGGCCAAACAGACAGCCCCUUUAUCCAGGUCAUUGUAAAGAGUGAAGAGGAGGAGCAGGAAGAAGACAAUGAGGAGGAGGAGGAGAAUGAGGAGUGCGCUGUACCAAACCCUCGGCGGGCAGACUGCAGCGCGUCUGAAAAGUCGGAGCUGAAAGAUGGCGCCUCAGAGAAACAGAUCUCUGGAGACAAACUGCGCUGUGGCGUGUGUCUGAAGUCGUUCCGUCACGCCGCCAGCCUGCGGCGCCACCGCCUGCAGCACUCAGGGCGGCGCCCAUUCACGUGUCCGUUCUGUCAGAAGGAGUUUGCGCAGUCGGCGCACCUGACGUCGCACAUGCGUGUGCACACGGGCGAGCGACCUUACAGCUGCUCCCACUGUGACAGGACCUUCGCAGAGAAACGCACGCUGGAGAUGCACGCACGGCUGCACACGGGGGAGAAACCUUUCAGCUGUUCCGUCUGCGGCAAACGCUUCACGCAGAACACUUUGAAGCUGCACAUGCGCACGCACACCGGGGAGCGACCUUACAGCUGCUCUGUCUGUGGAAAGAGCUUCACACAGUUCAAAGUGCUGAGGGACCACCUGCAAGUGCACAGCGAGGAAAAGCCCUUCAGCUGCUCAGUCUGUGAGAAAAGCUUUGGGCGCCAGAGCCACCUGAGCGCGCACAUGUCCACGCACACAGGAGACAAACCCUUCAGCUGCUCAGUCUGCCACAAGGCCUUUUCCAAACAGAGUAAUCUGAAGGGCCACAUGCUGACGCACUCGGGGGAGAAACCUUUCGGCUGUUCUCAGUGUGAGAAGAAGUUUUCCCGCCAGCCCAACCUGAGCCGCCACAUGCUGGUGCACACAGGGGAGAGACCCUUCAGCUGCUCAGUCUGUGACCGCAGCUUCCUGAGGCAGAACCAGCUGACCAAGCACCAGGCCACUCACAGCGACGAGGCCCAGGGUUAA